CUUGGGCUGGCCCGGCCCAGCCCAUGACAGCUUGCAAGUCAAAGCUACACAGGAGAACCUGGAUAUCCUACUCAGGAUGGAUGCCAGAGACAAACAAGUUCUUCGUUCCCUGCGCCUGGAGCUGUGUGCAGAACUGCUGGUAGAAGGCCUUGUCAUUCAGUAUCUUUACCAAGAAGGGAUUCUAACAGAGAACCAUAUACAAGAAAUAAGAUCCCAAGUCACCAACCACAGGAAAACUAUGAUGCUUCUUGACAUCCUGCCUACAAGAGGGCCCAAGGCUUUUGAGACCUUUCUAGUGUCCUUACAGGAGUUUCCAUGGGUGAGAGACAAGCUUGAGGCAAAGCGUAAUGAAGUUAUACCAGCUGAGCCUGCAGGGGAUGAGAUACCUGGAAUUUCACAAUGCAUUUUGAAGAAUCCACCAACAGAUCAGCAGUUGAGCAGACUUGCUAGAAGACUUGGACCUGAGUGGGAGCACAUUGUAUUGUACUUGGGCUUGACACACAAUGACAUUUACUGUUGUAAAGCCAGUCAUCCAUACAAUGUCCAGUCACAGAUAGUUAGUGCAUUUAUUUCAUGGAGGCAACGUUUUGGUAACAGAGCUACUAUUGAAAGUCUUUGUGCUGGUUUGAAGAUGGGAGAAGUUGACUCUUCAGUGAUCCAAGAGAUGCUUCAAUAACCUCAGAUCUGACCUAGGUUCUACAACAAUCCUGUGUCCCAUUUACAACAUAAAAUUAAUAAAAUAAAUCCAGCAAAUUCGCUGAACUCUUUCUCAGGGUAAAAUCAGAGGGAGGGGGAGACUGAUGAUAUUCUUUAGAGUACCACUAGACUCCAGUUUAACACUUUGUUAGAAUGGUUUCUUUUCUGGCUGGGUACAUUUUCCCCUCCUAAAGAACAAGUAGAGCCGACAUAAUAUUCUGGCCAGUGUAUCUGGCUAGAAUAGGAAGCUUGCACAGAAAUAGCUGUGUUAGUCUGUUACAGCAAAAUAAAACAAAAGUCAGUUGGCAUCUUAAAGACUAACAUUUAUUUUGAUAUGAGCUUUUGUAAUUCACAGUUCAUUUUCUUAGAUAUGUUAUCAGUAUUUAAUUAUAUGCUUAAGGUGCCAGGGGGAAUUUGUUAUAUUUUAGGAUAGGAAGACUUAGUAGUUUCAGAUCACCAUUCAGCCACAAAGCACACUGAGUGAGUUUCAUCUAGUCAUGAUAUCUCAACCUGAUGCACCUAAGGGCACAUUUUAAUGUGAAGGCUAUUUUAGUUUGUUUUCGUAAUAUGAAAUUUUGAUCACAGUAUUUCUUCUAAUACUACUCUAAUAAUAUCUAGGAAGUGGGCAGGGCAAAAGAGGUGGUAUUUACUUUCUUAACUGCUAUUACACUAAGCUGAUGCCCAGAGCAGUUCACAAAUAUACCCUAAUUAACUAUACAAUUACAUACAAACCCCAACAUUUCAUAUAUAACCAUGUUGCAGUAGGCUACCCCUCUGGAACAUGUAAGUCUGGUGAGUUAAUGUGGCAAUUUAAGUAUGUGUACCAGUGCAAAUCUCAGUUCAGCCAUAACCUUACUGGGUAAAUUUACAAGAUUUUCUGCUGUCCCUUAUCUAAUAGGAAGAUAAUGCCUGCUUGUUUUACAAAUUUAUUGUUAAAAUUACAAGCAUACUGUAUAGGAUAUUACUAAGAUUUAAUAUUAGUACUUCUGUUGUUGCUAUUGUUUGUUAAUGUUGAUUUCGUCAUCCCAAGAAUCCUGUGAGAACAAAAUAGGGAACAAUCCUGAUGUUGGGAGAACAUUUCACUUUUGGCAUGAAAAGAGCACAAGAAUGCCACCGAUAUGGAAACCAAGAUGUUGGGUUCAGUUCAUGCAACACAUUUUGUUGCCAGAUCUAUAGACAAGUGACAGCUUCGUAAAUAAUAAUAAAUGUUGGGCACUGUGCACCCUUGCAAAUCAG